GGGGACAGGUGGUUCAAUCAACCCACAUCAUCAGACCUAACGGAUUACAUGGGAAGGCGAGCCUUUGUGCUUUACAAAAUCGAUUGAGGGUGGGAGGCUGUUUCUGUAAGGUGGUAUUUUAUAUUUUAUUGGGUGGGCUGAUCGCUUUUCUUAUUUUUCUUUCUUCUUUGAGUUGAUCAUUCAAACGAAACAAAAAAAAGAGAUACCUGUAAAAUUUUAUUGUAGCCUUGAGGCUCAUCGACUGUAUUCAUUUCAUGGCAGGUCAUCGUCGGCCUUUUACUUGUGUGUGGGAGAACGUCACUGUUGUUCGUGGCAAUUCCGUACACUUUCUAUCUGUUUGUCUCUGGAUCUUCCUCUCCAGGAAGGAUUACAUACUAUCCCUCUGGGUGAUAUUGGGUGGAUGCUGCUGCUGUACUGCGAGGAAACACGGGAAUCAUGAUCUUAUGACGGCUCUGCUUAUGCUGAUGGCUGGCCGAAUGUGGAUUUCAGUGGCACGCGCGAUUCUCAAGGCGGGUAUGGUUGGGUGGGAUGGGACAGGUACUUGCUAAGGUUAGGGCUGAGCCGGGACACAUAGCAAGUUCGUACGGUUGAAAAUGUUUGAGAGGGGAGUACUGUCUUGGCCACCGUGAUCAGACUGAGACUCUGAACCAUCCAGGGAGAAAUCCAGGGAUUUAAACACAAUUGACUGUCUUGCAAGAU